GAUAACAAUAUGUUUGCCAGAACGACAAAAACAAACUGAAAAAGGGUUUGAUUUAGUUUGAAUUUGAUUCAAAGUCAGCGAUGGCUCCCAACAGCACUCCUCCGCCAACCUUCUUCGGAAGAAUCGUGUUCCAUCUCACAUCCGACGAUGUCUUCCGUACCGCCAUCUUUGCCUUCAUCGCAUCGUUUACUGUGAUUGCUGCAGUGGCUUCUGUGACUGGAAGCUUCCUUGUAGGGCUUCUCGCAAGUGUGAUCGUUCUUUUGGUGGCUUAUGCAGUUGGCGAAAGUUGUGAAUUCAUCAACAAUCAGAUUCUGAUGCCGGCCGCGUUUUUGGGAUGUGCAGUCGCAGUGAACUUGGUCUACACGGUAGCUCACGAAGGAGAGCUCUGGGAAUAUUUUUCUCGAUAUUUCCUCUUCCUCUCCGUGUUCCAUUUCUCCGAAUUCGUCUUCACAGCACUGACCAAUCGCCGAACUCUUGGACCCGAUUCGUUCCUUUUGAAGCAUUCUUUUGGAUAUUGGCUUGCUGCAUCCAUUGGUUGGAUUGAGUUUUUGAUUGAGGCCAACUUCUACCCCGAAAUCAAGAUGUAUUCGGUUCUCUGGAUUGGAACAUUCGGUUGUAUCAUUGGAGAGAUUGUCAGAAAAGUCGGUAUGGUUCAUGCUGGAUUGGCAUUCACUCAUCUUAUGGCAAGGACCAAAAGAUCAGGCCACACUCUUAUCAAUACCGGGAUCUACGCGUACAUGCGCCAUCCUGGAUAUUUUGGUUGGUUCAUUUGGGCUGUCUCGACUCAAAUUGUUCUCUGUAAUCCAAUUUCCUUUGUUAUCUACACUUUUGUCACGUGGCGUUUCUUCGCCAACCGAAUCGAAAUUGAAGAGAAGGAUUUGAUUUCAUUCUUUGGUGAUGAUUAUGCCGAGUAUCAACGCAAAACUUGGUCUGGAGUUCCAUUUGCUCGUGGAUAUCAGAAGCCAUAAAUUGAUAAAAUAAUAAUAAUUCGUCUUGUUUUAUUCUUGCUAGAAAAAUCUAAUAAAGGUUAAUAACCGCAAACUUGUAGUUCUGAUUAUUUUUCAAGUUUAAGGAUUUGAAUUUUGGAAACUGGAAUUAGUUUUCAACUUUUGCAAUCAAUAGUCAAUAUGGA